AACCCGCGCGAUCUCAUGCCCUGUUUGGAUCGAAAAACCCUAGCUUUAUCCAAUUGAGGCUUGUCUUGAUUACAGUGAGUUUGGGAACCCCAGCGCGACCAUUGGUGCUGCAGCCAUGAAAGCCUUCGGCAUCAGCAAUGGCGACACCCUCUCCGUUGCCCUUUUCACCGACGUCACCAAUUCCAAGGAACUUUUAGAUUCUAUGCAGGCUGGAACUUUGGAACCAGAGGUUGCUCUUCUCAAUGCUCUGCUUAUUCCCGAUAUUUUCCCUGUUCUAGCCGCCGCACAUAAGACUCUUCUGUCGAAUUCUCGAGGUUCACUGACAACCCGCACUCUCCAUUCGGAGCUUGUUUACAACUAUUCAGGGUCUAAGCAUAUUACAGAAUCCUUGAAAAGAUGCGGCAUCUCUGACAGCUCAACCUAUGUUCUUGCUGCUCGUUUCAAUGCAUCACCUGAUGAGGUAUCUUGCUCUAUCAUCUGGUUAUCUAGCAGAUAUCUGGACCUACUUUUGGUCAAAUUAGGGCAUCACAGCAAUUUUGGUCAUGACUUCAUUCCCUCGUACUAUCAGAUGAAGGCCAUUGCUGCACUUACCGGGGGGAGAGAAAUUGAGUUGGAAGAACUGGAAGGGAAAGCAAACCUAGCCCAGAUACAAAAGCACUACAAGAUAUCUGGCCCGGAAUUGGGAAUAUCGUCACUCGCAGACGCCAUCACAUGCCGCAUCGCCGCAAGGGACGCCUUAUGAAAGCAAACGCGACUUGCCGCUCGCCUAUUCCCACUCCGGAUGUUGCUUUUGCGCACUACUCCUUAGAUAUUGAGAUAUGGAGAGAAUGCUGAGUGCUGCAAAAAAAGUUAAUAUGUUUAAGCGAUUGUUAGAAUCUCAUUGUUGCUGAGAAAUAUCGCUGCAAUGCAAACUAUGGCCGCGGGAGAGCAUGAUGUUCUGUAUGGCGGUCAUGUGUUUUACCUCUGAAAGAGAUUUGAUUGGUAACUGCAAAUCAUGUACGUGCCUAAUGAGCUCGUUCCAGGGAUAAACAAGAUCUUUACAAGGCUAUGAGAGUACUGGUCUUCUGGUUAAUUUGCAAAGUCUGAGCGAAAUGCUCAUCUGAGGCC